CUAGUGUCUUCUUCUACUUCCCAAAACAUAGGGUUCAUUUAUUCUCACCUUUGUCUGAUCACCAUUUCUUGAAUUUCAGUGAAUCUUUCUUUGUUAGUUAUUAAUCUUAUAAUUGAAGUGAGGAACUUUGUAAUGAAGAACUGCAAAUUUUCACUAAAGCUAGUGUUGUGCAUUUCAUUCUUUUGCUUCUUUCUGUCCACCCAAGCCAGACGGCAUAACCAUAAACACAAGCACACCCACCCUGACAAGCCAUCCUACAUUUCACAGCCUCCUUCCCCUCCACCUGAUUCUGCUAGCCCUCCUGAAGGGGCUACCAAUCCUAAUAAUAGCUCCUCUGGUGUUUUCGAUGUGCGGUCGUUUGGUGCUGUUGGGGAUGGCCAAACAGAUGACACUGAGGCAUUUAAGAUGGCUUGGGACACAGCUUGCCAAAGUGAAUCUGCAACAAGGAUCCUUGUUCCCCGAGGUUUCUCAUUCAUGAUUCAAUCUACAAUAUUCACUGGUCCCUGCCUUGGGGGCCUGGUGUUACAGGUUGAUGGAACUCUAGUGCCACCUGAUGGACCAGAGUCUUGGCCAAAGAACGCCAGCAGGCAUCAAUGGCUUGUCUUUUACAGAAUCAACCAGAUGUCGUUGCAAGGGGGUGGUGUAAUUGAUGGGAAAGGAGAGAAAUGGUGGAAUCUUCCCUGCAAACCCCACAGGGGGAUCAAUGGAACCACAUUGCCUGGACCAUGUGACAGCCCAGUUGCCAUUAGGUUCUUCAUGAGCUCCAACUUGAUAGUUCAAGGACUUAAAAUCAAGAAUAGCCCUAAAUUCCACUUCAGAUUUGAUAACUGCAGGAAUGUCCAUAUAGAAUCGAUUUCUAUAUCUGCCCCUGCUCGAAGUCCGAAUACAGAUGGGAUUCACAUAGAGAACACAAAUGAUGUCCAAAUUUAUAACUCAGUAAUUUCAAAUGGUGACGAUUGUGUAUCAAUUGGGUCAGGCUGUUAUGAUGUAGACAUACGGAACAUCACUUGUGGACCUGGUCAUGGAAUCAGCAUUGGGAGUCUAGGCAAUCACAACUCGCGAGCAUGCGUCUCUAACAUUACAGUUCGCGACUCAAUAAUCAAAGGGACGGAUAAUGGAGUUAGGAUCAAGACAUGGCAGGGUGGAUCCGGAUCAGUAUCGGGAGUAACAUUCAGUAACAUUCACAUGGAUAAUGUUAGGAACCCGAUUAUGAUCAACCAAUUCUACUGCCUUAACAAGGGGUGCACCAACCAAACUUCAGCAGUCUUUGUAUCAGACAUACUCUAUUCAAACAUAAAGGGAACCUACGAUGUUCGGAGUUCACCGAUGCAUUUUGCUUGCAGUGAUGCUCUCCCAUGCACUAACUUGACACUCUCAGAAAUCGAGCUUCUUCCUGCUGUAGGAGACAUAGUAUCGGACCCGUAUUGUUGGAAUGCUUAUGGAGAACUGCAGACACUAACAAUUCCACCAGUCUCUUGCUUGUUGGAGGGUGUUCCUCGAUCCCUACUGGACAAUGACAUUGAGCAUUGCUGAUUCAGUGGGCUCAUCUGUAAAGCCAUCCA